AUGGCUCCUCAAAGUAAUAAGUAUUCUAACAAGGUGGAUGAUGAAGAUUAUGAAGAUUCAUUUUCUGCAGCAAUGAUGGAUGAUACCGGAGGUGAUAAUUCAUAUGAAAAUAAUAGGCUUCAGCUGGAAGAAACAGGAGGAAGACUACACAUUGACGAUCACCAUCUACAAGAAACAGAAUUACAAGAUGUGGAUUUGGUAAAAAGUUCAAAUUCUAGUUCUGCCAACAGUAGAGAACCAUUGAAAGAGGAUGAUGUGGCGGAGUUGAAAGUUAUGACAAAUACAAAGAAGAGAUUGUCACCCAAAGAGAUUUUAGCAAAUAUGAAAUCAGUCUUGUUGACAAAGGCCUUUUUACAAACCAUGUUAUUGAACUUUGCCAUUUUGUGCAUGUGUAUUUCGUCUAGUAGUGUAGGAUCACUUAUCAAUGUUUUUGCCAAACAAACCAAUACAGACCGAUCUGAAGUUGGUAUUGUUUUCACAAUCAGAGGUAUCGGAGCACUUGUGACAACACUUAUUGGAGGAUUUGUCAUGGAUGCAAUGAAGAAAUUUAUGGACAAGAAGAUUAAGGAUCAUCACAAGAGAACUCUCUAUGAAACUCUUACAAAUUAUGCAUUGAUUAUUGUGUCCAUUCUCAUCAUGACUCUUGCAUCUGCAUUGAUGCCUUUUGGUUCUUCAUUGUGGUCUCUAUGUGCAAUCUUCUUACUGUGGGGUGUAGGGCAGGGAUAUUUAGGUAUUUGUGCUCAAGCUUUAUUAUUCAGUAUUUGGAAUGAGAUGAAGAUUAAUGUCACACCAUUCUCACAAUUAUUCCACUUUUCUGCAGGUCUUGGUUUAUUCUUUGGACCAUUUACUGUUUUGGUUGUGAAUAGUAUUUUGGGAGUUGAUAAUUCACAAGUUGUAGUUCCUGCUGAUGAAGGUGCUGAAUCAUUGUCAUCCAUUUUACAAAAUAAUGUGACAUUUAUUAAUUCUACCAUUGGAAAUUCUACUGAGGGAACACCAGCUGGAUUUAUUGAAGGAACACUCAUUUCCAAGUCUGUUUUGGGAACUAACUUUAUUGUCUGUCUCUUGUACUUGCUUUCCAUUGGUUUGUUCAUUAUUUACAUGGUCUACAUGUGGAUGAAGAGAAACGAAAUCUCUGACGAUGUUAAACCAAUCAAUGAUGGAGAAGAGGAUGACACUGCUUCUGUUGGUAGUAUUGAACAUGGAGAAGCAAAGAAACCAAAUAAUUCUAGAACUGUAUUCCUUACCAAGCUUUUUGUUACCAUUUUGGUUGCUUUGGCUCUUUUAUCAUACUGUAUGGCUGAGAGCACUUAUGGUAACGUUAUUUAUUCAUACUUGACUGCUAUGGAAUUGGCAGAUGACAGUGAAGCAAACAUGAUCAAUUCUGGUUUUUGGCUGUUGUUCACAAUUGGCAGAGGUAUUGCCAUUCCAAUUUCAUAUUUCAUUCCACCAUUUAUCAUGUUACUUGUUGACUUUAUUGGAAUUACGAUUAGUGUUUCGUUAUUAUGGAUUUUCUCUACCAAUAUUUCAGUUUUGUGGGUUGCAAGUCUCUUGUUAGGUCUUUCCAUUGCCAGUUUGUAUCCAACAACCAUUUCAAUUCCAUCAUCAGUAAUGAAUUUGGAAAUUACUGGCUUAAUGACCAGUUUGAUGGUUUUGGGAGGCUCUGGAGGUGCAAUGUCUGGUCCAUACAUUACCCUUGCUCUCUUCAAGAAGAUUAGUCCAAAAGUUAUCUUUGCAACAGUUACAAUCAGUGUAGUUUGUUUGGCCCUCGUUAUUAUUUCUCUAUUCAUUUUCAGCCGUAUUUACAAUAGAAGAAGAAAUACCAAAGAAGUUGCCACUCAAUCUGAAAAAGUUCAUGAAGUUUCUCCAGUUGAGUAA